CUCUGUCCUCGCCUGCACACAUCCUCUGCUCGUCCUCCGGAGACAUGCCAACAACAGUGAAACUGAACACCGGUGCACAAAUGCCCAUUGUGGGACUGGGGACAUGGAAGUCUCGCCAGGGCAAGGUCACUGAGGCGGUGAAGGCAGCCAUCUCGGUGGGUUACAGACACAUUGAUGGAGCAUUUGUUUACCAGAAUGAGCCAGAGGUGGGAGAGGGUGUUCAGGCCAUGAUCAAAGAUGGCGUGGUCAAGCGGGAGGAUCUUUUUAUCGUUAGCAAGCUUUGGUGCACUUUCCAUGAGAAGUCCCUGGUGAGGCAAAUCUGCGAGAAGUCUCUCAGUGAUCUUAAACUGGACUACCUAGAUCUUUACCUAGUGCACUGGCCUAUGGGUUUCAAGGCUGGAGGUGAAGCUUUUCCUUUUGACAGCGCAGGAGAGUUGAUCAGCGAUAACACUCAUUUCCUUGAGACAUGGGAGGGGAUGGAGGAGCUGAUGGAUGCUGGCUUGGUCAAAGCUAUUGGUGUCUCCAACUUCAACAAAGACCAGAUUGAAGCCAUCCUCAACAAGCCAGGCCUCAAAUACAAGCCUGCCAACAACCAGGUGGAGUGCCACCCAUACCUGACUCAGGAGAAGCUGAUCAGCUACUGCCACUCUCAGGGCAUCUCAGUGACGGCCUACAGCCCCCUGGGCUCCCCCGACAGACCCUGGGCUAAACCUGAAGACCCCUCACUGCUGGAAGAUCCGAACAUAAAAACCAUUGCUGAGAAGCACAAGAAGACAUCUGCUCAGGUCCUGAUUCGCUUCCAAAUCCAAAGGAACGUGAUCGUGAUCCCCAAAUCAGUCACACCUGAGCGCAUUGAGGAGAAUUUCCAGGUGUUUGACUUUGAACUCACUGAGGAGGAAAUGAAAACUAUAGCAGGAUUUAACAGGAACUGGAGAGCCUGUCCUAUGCAAUGGGGCACAAAGCACAAGGACUAUCCAUUCAACACUGAAUUCUGAAAUAAAAAAUGCAGAUUUUCCGCAGGUUUACAGUGGGUGCUGGAGUUUGCAUCUUCACCUUCUCAGCUGCUCGUGUUCAUGCUCUUUAGGGCGGUUUGCAAAAUUAGCGUGGCAUUUCUCAGAAGAAACAUUGACCUCUUUAGUUACCCAUAUUGUCUCGACAAAAACUUGUUACACACACUCCUAAGACUUACUUGUACCAAAUUUUACAUGCUCAUUGAUACAGAUUAGAGCCGUUUUGAGUUUUGUAUCUUGUAUAAUUGAGUAUUAGCAUCUUAUACUUCAGUUGUCAUUUUCUGUUCUGUCGGCCUGUGCUUUCCCAUCAACACUAGGUGUAGGGUAAAUUCCACUGAAUUAAUUAAUGGUCAUUGUGGUAUUUCAAGUAACUGAUGGUGUUGAAUGUAUCCCAUAGUCAGUACAGAUAAGCACUUUCUUCAGCAUAAGAUAAGCGCCUGUGAGUCACAAAUGUCACUUUAUCAUCAUGUGUAUCCGCCAUGUUACAAAAUAGUCAUUUUCACAUCCUGUGUGAGCCUUUUUGAUAAGCACGAAAUUAAAUUGCUGUGGGUGAAAAUAAAAGAAGUUGGUGCAGGUUUAUAUAGAAGUGAAGAGA